AUGUUUGGGAUUCAGGAAAGCAUCGAACGGAGUGGAAGCAGCAUGAAGGAAGAGCCGCUGGGCAGCGGCAGGAGCGCGGUGCGGACGUGGAUGCAGGGCGCCGGGGUGCUGGACGCCAACACGGCGGCGCAGAGCGGGGUGGGUCUGGCCCGGGCUCACUUUCAGAAGCAGCCGCCUUCCAAUCUGCGGAAAUCCAACUUCUUACGCUUCGUCCUGGCCCUCUACGACAGACAGGGCCAGCCCGCGGAGAUCGGGGGGACAGCCUUUGCGGGGUUCGUGGAAAAGGAAAAAGUAAGUGGGCGCAGCGCCGUGCCCCUCGCCCCCGGCCGGGGAGCAGGCCCAGGCGCCUCGGGAGGCGCGCUCCCCCGCGAGGGCGAAGCAUCCGUAACACGCCCCGCGCGGGGUCCCCCAAGCCGCUUCCCGUUCCGGGCGAACGCGGGCUCCUCGUUCCUGAGGUUCUGCCCCAGAAAAGUUCGUGCUGAGUCCCGAAAGAUGGGGAGAGGCGAGCCCGGCUUCGCACUCCAGAGUCAAGGGCGCCGGGACGAACCCGCCCUCGACCGCGCGACCACGCGCGGUUCCUGCCUCAGCUGCCGCGGGCUCGAGCCCCCAGGCCCUAGGAACGGGAUCGCCCGUGCGCGCCCCACCGAAUUUUUUGGAAAGUUGGAGCAGUAA